UGAGCAGCCACACGGCGUUCACCAAGCACAGCGAGCAGCUGGGCACCGAGGAGGGCGAAGUGGAAGAGAUGGACACGCUGGACCCCCAGACGGGGCUCUUCUACCGCUCCGCCCUGGUGCAGGGGCAGAAGCCGCCCAAACUGAGCCAGCCGCCGCUGGAGCAGACCCAGCUCCAGGUCAAGACCCUGCAGUGCUUCCAGGCCAAGCAGAAGCAGACCAUCCACCUGCAGGCCGAGCAGCUGCCCCACAAGCUGCCCCAGAUGCCCCAGCUGUCCAUCCGGCACCAGAAGCUGGCCCCACUGCAGCAGCAAGACCCGGCCCCGCCCAAGCUGUCGGACGCCCAGCCGGCCCAGCACCACUCCAUCAUCCGCGAGAGGCAGCUCCCCACUCUGGUGGCCCAGCCGCAGCAGACCGUGGUCCAGGUGUUGGCCGUCAAGACCACCCAGCAGCUGCCCAAGCUGCAGCAGGCGCCCACAGCCCAAAAGAUCUACGUCCAGCCCCAGCCGCCCCAGAGCCAAAUGCAACUCCAGGCCGCUGCCGAGAAGCCGUCGGCAAACCAGGUGCACCAGCCCAUAAUAUCCCAAGGAUCCUCUGUUACAAAGAUAACUUUUGAAGGGCAUCAGCCACCUACCGUGUCCAAGGUGGCCAGCAUCAGUUCGGCGCCUAAGCUGACCCCGUCUCUCCCAAGCCUAUUUCCUGUCCAGGUACCCACGAAGACAGCUGUCGCGGACAUUUUGAAAAUGUCCAUGAUGGAAGCUCAGAUUGACACAAGCGUAGACCGCACGGUCACGGAACCCCCCACCAGCAAGGUCGUCCCCAGUGGCACUCUGACUGGCGAAGCGGACUCAGCACCUGCCUCGGUGCUGCGGGUGGCCACAGUCGGGGCGGGCACGGCCGUGGCGACAUCUGUCCUACAGCCGCCAAAACGCUUGGACUCUGCGUCGAGCCCUCCCGCGGUUGGGCCGUCUUUACUGGAGAGGAAACCGGCCGUUCCAGCUCCACCCACAGCCAGCCAGUUCAUCCGUAUCCAGAACAUAGCCCCGAAAAAAGCAGAGGAGAUCCCCACAGAGAUCUUAAUUCAGACUAUCCCGCCCGGUAUUCGCGAAGCUUGCCGCACUCCACCUCCAGCGAUGAAUUACCGUGGAACCCAGCGGACUCUUGGAACUCCGCUGCUUCACCAGUAG